AUGGAAUUAAAUUGGUUUUGGAUGAGUGCUGCCACUCUAUUGACAUGCUACGUUUUAGUGUUUCAAUUUUUGAGGAAGUUGAAUGGGUGGUAUUAUAAUCUAAGAGUAAUGAACAAACAGUACCCACUUCCUCCAGGUGAUAUGGGAUGGCCUCUUAUUGGCACUUUAUCGACUUUCAUGAAAGACUUUUUAUCUGGUCGUCCUGAUUCUUUUAUCAACAGCCUUGUUUCCAGAUAUGGAGGAGAGGGUAUUUACAAGUCUCACCUAUUUGGAAACCCAUGCAUCAUCGUUUGUAAGCCAGAACUGUGCAAGCGAGUGUUGACUGAUGAUGAGAACUUUAAGCUUGGGUAUCCAAAAUCAACCAGAGAGCUCGCAAAAUGUAGACCCAUGACCGAUGUAUCUAAGGCGGAGCACAGGCGUUUUCGAAAACUAGUAACUGCUCCAAUUGUGGGUCACACUGCGUUGGAAAUGUACGUAGAACGUAUCGAGGACAUUGUGAUCAAUUCAUUAGAAGAGUUGUCCAGCAUGAAACACCCUAUUGAGCUCUUGCAUGAGACGAAGAAAAUAUCAUUUCAAGUCAUCGCUCACAUUUUCUUGGGCUCUGAAAAUACAGACAUCGUUAAGAAAAUAGGAAAUCUAUUUUCCCUAACGUAUAAUGCCAUAUUCUCUAUCCCCAUUAAUGCACCCGGUUUUGCUUUCCACAAAGCACUCGAGGCACGUAAGAAGAUUGCUAAAAUAGUUCAAAGUGUUGUGGACGUAAGGAAGAUGAAGAUAGAAAGUGGUCAAACAGAGAGGAAAGAUCUUAUUGAUAUACUUUUGCAAGUCAACGGCGAUCAAGGCCAGAGAUUGGAGGAUGAGGACAUUAAUGAUUUACUGUUAGGGUUUUUACUUGCGGGUCAUGAAAGUAGCGGGACUGGUUUGAUGUCGUCAAUGAUAUAUCUUUCAGAGAAUCCUGAUAUCAUGAAAAAAGCCAAGGAAGAGCAGGAAGAAAUUAUGAAGAGAAGACCACCAUCGCAAAAAAGGUUAAGUAUUAAGGAAGUUAAGCAAAUGGUUUAUCUUUCAAAGAUAAUUGACGAAAUGCUGCGACUUUCAAAUAUUGCUUUUGCACUUUUUCGAGAGGCAACUGCUGAUGUGAACAUCAAUGGCUAUAUCAUACCGAAAGGAUGGAGAGUAUUAAUUUGGAUAAGAGCUCUUCAUAUGGAUCCUAAUUAUUACCCCAAUGCAGAAGAAUUUAAUCCCUCGAGAUGGGAUGAUUUUGGUUCCAAAGCUGCAUUCCUUCCUUUUGGAGGGGGAAGUAGGCUGUGUCCUGGAAUGGACCUAGCCAAACUUGAGAUUUCCAUAUUUCUACAUUAUUUUCUCCUUAAUUAUAAGUUGGAGCGAACAAAUCCAAAAUGUCCUGUUACUAGUUUGCCAGUGACUAGGCCAAGGGACAACUGUCUCGGGAGGGUGAUAAAGAUCUCAUGA